UUGAUGCAAAUAUGCCUCAAGUGCGGCCAUAAAUACCUAGAGAACAAGGAUUUUGCGUUCCCAGCACGCGCACCACGACUCCACAAGGCGCUUGAAGCUUGAGUACUUUGACAGGUUACUUGCUGGAUCCUGAUUCUACCUUCAUGAUAGUGUCUGUGAAGAGCUCGUUCUGCUAGUCGACGUAAGGCUGGGCCGGCCUUCGGCCCGAAGGCGCAGAGCGCAAUAAAACACAAGGAGUCUUCCAUAUGGUCAAGGAGGAGGACGAAGCGCCCCCGCAGCUGGUAUACUCGGAUGAGGAGGACACAGACGGGGACCUACCGGCGUUGGCCACGGAUGAGGACGACAGCGACCGCGAUCAUGGCGGCCCCGCCGGCAGCAGUGGCGGCCAGCGCGCCGGCGCCGCCGCGCCCCCUCCCGCCAAUGGUGCCGCUCGUGCCGGCAAUCGCGCGGUCGUGGAGGAGCUGACCGAUGAUGAAGAAGAGGACGACGACGAGCAUGAUGAUGGGGAUGAGGACGAAGAUAAUGACAUUCUGUCGGAUGAUGAGGACUACGAGGCCGAUGAUGAUGAUGAUGACGACGAUGAUAACGACGAUGAGGAUUACGAGGAGGACGCGGGCAGGAACGCCGCCCUGUACGCCUACACCGCGCCUGCCGCAUUCCCCAACGGCGUCUUUGCUACUGGCGACACUGGCGGCGCGGAGGAGGGGGUGGAGGAUGAGGAGGAGAUGCCGGGGCUGGUGUAUUCGGAUGAUGACGAGCAGGACCGCCGCCGUGCAGCCGCCGCGUCGUUUGUGGCGCGCGGCGGCGCCGCCAGCAGCGCGGCGGGCAAGCCGCCGGGUUCGGGGCUGCGGCCGGGCUUUCUGAACGCCAGCCCCAGCAAACCGGCUGCCGUGGACGGCAGCUACCGCAACGCCGGCGUGGGCGCGCGGGAGGCGGUGCGGCCGCCAGGCGCCAGGGCGGCGGGGGCCGGCGGCGGCGCAGGCGGCCGGGAGCAGCAGCCCCACAAUGCAGGCGCCGGACCAGAGGAUGAUGACGAGGACAGUGACAGCGACGUGCCGCCCCUGGCGCCGCCCAGUGACGCCAGCGACGAGGAGGGCGGGGCGGCCGGCGGCGGCCGGCAGGAGCAGCCGUGGCAGCAGCAGGAGCGGGAGGCGCGCGAGAAGGCGGCGGCAAAGGAGGCGAGCGAGCGGCGGGCGGCCAAGAAGGCGGCGGCGGCCAAGAAGGCGGCGGCAGAGGCCAAGCAGCAGGAGAAGGCCAAGCGCAGCAAGAAGGGCGGCGGCGCGCCCGAGCCCGCGCCCGAGGCUGUGGUGUACACGCGCGCCGACUUCGCCAACGACGACGCCUGGCAACAGUACCUGGCCAAGGAGGAGGAGGAGCGGCAGCGGCGCCGCCGCGAGCUGGGCCUGAUCGAGGACGACGGCCGCGGCGGUGGCGCCGACCAGCCGCUGGGCUACUGCUGCCUGCGGCCAGGCAACGAGACGGAGCUGCUGUGCGACGAGCCGCGGUUCCGGGUGCGGGAGAACCAGAAGCGCUACUGCGUGCACUGCACCCGCGGCUGCGUGCUGCUGUUCCACGACAAGUGCUGGCGGCCCUUCCUGGAGGGCGUGGGCGGGCUGCGGGCGGCGGGCGGGGAGGAGUUCGACCGCACCUUCAAGGCCACCGGCAAGGACGGCAAGCCCAAGCUGCACCGCUGCCUGACGGACUGCUGCGACGGCCACAUCAGCCGUGUGUACAUCCACCAGGGCCAGGAGGGGCACGGAGCCGGCAAGACUCUGUUCCACUACGACGUGUACACAAUGGACGCCGCCACCCGCCAGCUGGCGGCGGCGGUGGAGGCGGCCGGGCGGCGCAAGCGACCGCAGACCGACGCGCCUGGGUCGGCGGCAGGCCAGCAGCCGUCGCAGCAGGGGCAGCAGCACGCGUCGAAGAAGUCCCGCAAGGGUGCGGCGGCGGCAGCAGCAGCGGCCGUCAAGGGCGCGGCAGCGGCGGCAGGAGCGGCUGCGGCUGCGGCGGCGGCGGCAGCAGCAGCGGCGGCGACGGCAGCGGCAACAGCGGCGGGGCAGGGCCAGGCGGCCGGCGCCGGCGCUGCGGUGGCGAAGGGCGGCAAGGGGGCCAAAGGCGGCAAGGCGGAGGAGGCGACAGCGGCGGCGGCAAGUGGGUCGGGCGCGGCUGCAGGCGCUGCUGCCCCCACCGAGCCUGCCAAGCCGCGCGGGAUCAGCAUUGUGAACCGCGCCAAGAUCGUGGCUCGCGAAGAGCCAGAGCAGCUCGCCAGCUCGGCCUCGCCACCGCGGCUGCCGCCCGAUGACUCGAUGUUGAAGCCGCUGAAACGCGCGGCUGCGGAGGAGGCGGAGCCAGCUGCGCCCGCGCCCGCGCCCGGCACGGCCGGAGAGGCGUCUGCUGCAAACACCGGCGAGGGUGAGGAUGGCGCCGCGGAGGACAUGGAGGGGGUGGCCGCGGCGCCGCUGGCAGGCGGCUCCCAGAGCCACGCCCAGGCCGCUAAGAAGAAGAAGAAGGGCAUCACCCUCCAUCUCGACAUGUUCCAAGCAGCUUCAGGAGGAGGAGGAGGCGGCGGCGGCAGCACCAGCGCCGGCGUGGCGGCGGCCACCGCCGCUAUGGCGGCAGAGAGCGACGAAGCGGCGCGUGCGGCGCGCGUGGCUCGGCGCGAGGCGGGUCGUGAGCGGGCGCAGCAGGCGCGGCGCGCGAUCGCGGAGGCGAUGCAGGCGGCGGCGGCGGCCGCGGAGGCGCCGCGCAUGUACGAGUUUCCGCCGCUGGAGGCCGCGGCGGAGGGCGGCGGCGGCGGGACUGGGCGGCGGGGCCAGGCGGAGGCGUCGGUGCGGGACUAUGUGGCUGAGGCGCUUGCCAAGAUGAAGCUAUCCCUGAAUGAGGGCGGCUGUACGCGCUUCCUGCUGCUGGAGUGCCUGGACGUCAAGUCGCUGGACGAGGCGCCGCCGCCGCUGCUGCCGCCCGCGCUGGCGGCGCUGGGCGGCGGCGGCGGCGCGCACGGCGGCACGUGGCGGCAGCUGCUGGCGCUGCUGGGGGAGUACGGGCAGGUGCUGCAGCUGCACGUGUUCGGGGAGCAGGCGGCGGCGGCGGUGGAGAUGCUGACGAAAGGGGAGGCCGUGCUGGCUGCCAUGUCGCUGGCCAAGCGGCCGCUGGGUCGGCGCGGGCUGAGGCUGGAGGUGUGCUACCUGGUGGACUUCCCCACCGAGCAGGUCCUUGCUCGCUAUCUGCCGGAGGACGUCCUGGAGGAGGAGGGCGAGGGCGAGGGCGAGGAGGGCGUGUGGGCGGAUGAGGGCGAGGACGACGGCACGUACGGCUACUACGACGAAGCCGCGUACGGCGCCUUUGGCGGAGGGCCGCAAUUCCAGGGCUACCCCCAGUUCUACCAGCACCCGCAGCAACAGCAGAAGCGGAGCCCGGCGAAGCUCACGCCCACCGCGGCGCCGUUCGUGCCCGGCGGCCUCCCGCCGGUGUCCUCCAAGCCCCUGUCGGCGAUCAACCCGGCAGCAGUGGCGGAGUUUGUGCCCGGCACGGCCGCGGCGGCGGCGGCGGCGGCGGCGGCCGCCGCGGCCUCGGCGGCGGCGGUGCGCGAGCGAGCGCCGCUGUUCGCCACGGCGGCGCCGGCGCCUGUGAAGAAGAUCCUCACCAUCAAGGACCCCACCACAGGAGUGGCGGCGCCCGCCACAGAGAUUGCGGCUGCGGCUGCGGCAGCCGCGGCGGGUGGGGCUGGGGCUGGCACGGGGGCUUCUGGCUCGGUGGCGGCAUCCGGCUCGGGUGCGGCUGGCGAGGAGAAGCCCAAGGGGCUAUCACUCAACAUCACGGCGCGCGAGUUCGUCCCGCCCACCGCCGCCGCCGCCGCCCCCGCCGCUCCCACUGCCGCCGCCGCUCCAGCCGCCGCCGCCCCCGCCGCCGCCGGCAGCAGCACCUCCCGCUCCGACAGCCCCGAGCACCCGCACACAAGCAGCCAAGACACCGCCGCCGCCGCCGCCGCGCCUGCAGCCGCCGCCGCCGCCGCCGCACCUGCAGCCGCAGCCGCCGGCGCUGACACCGCCGCCACGACGGCACCAGCACCGCCGGCACCGCCGGCGGCACCUGCAGCCACGGCCGCGGCGGCGCCGGCGGCCGCCGCCACGUUGGCCUUGGGCGCCGCCAGCUACCGCCACCUCAUUGCCGCUGGCGUGGCGCAGGCGCAGGCGACACUGGCGUCUGUCAGCGCCCGCGCCGCGGCGGCCGCCGCCUUCAGCAGCGCCCUCCCAGGUGCGGGCGGUGCUGCUGGCGACGUUGACCUGGCGCCGGCGGCACCCGACGAGGCGACGGCCCCUGCAGCACCGACGGCAGGCGCCGCGGACGCGGACGCUGCAGAAGCGGCGGCGGCGGCGGCGGCGGCAGCGGCGGCGGCGGACACGGUUGUGCCGGCCAGCAGCUCGCAGCCGAGCACUAGCAGUGACACCUCGGCUGCCACAGCCGCCACAUCCGCCCCAGCCACCAGCGCUGCUGCCACCACCUCGGAGGCCUCCUCCGCCACCGCCACCUCUGGCGCGGGCCCCAGCCCCAGCACCGGCACCAGCACCAGCGACGCCCCUGCUACCGCUACCACCGCCUCGACGCCUGCUGCCUCCACCCCCACCACCCCCAGCGCCGCCACCCCCACCCCCAGCACCACCGCGCUGCCGGAGCCCGGCGCGCCGCUGUGGCAGCACUACGACGCGGUGCGGCUGCUGCUGAGCAACGACGCCGGGUUCAAGGCCUGCUACGACCGCUCGGACCACUUCCGGCUGCACACGGAGCACUUCACCGAAGACACGCACCGCAUCGGCGGCGCGCUCGAGGCCGGCGGCGAGCGCACCGCGCUGCUGCUGUUCAACGUGAACGACUCCACGCUGCACGGCCUAUGGCAGGCCAUCUCGGCGCCGCAGGUGCCGGCGCAGGGCGACGACACGCGGCCGGUCAUCCACUUUGCGCUGGUGAAGCGCUUCCGCGGCGUGGGCCUGGCCGCCUUCAAGGCCGCCACCGGAGGCCAGGCCUUCCCGCAGCUGCCGCAGCCCGAGCUGGCCUACCCGAUCGCCCGCGGCGCCCUGGCGCAGUCCGUGCUGCAGGCGCUGGAGCAGCUGGCAGGGCCGCAGGCCGCACCGCCGCCGCCGGCGGCGGAGGCCGCGGCCGGGGAGACGGCGGCGCCAGUGACGGCGGCGGCGGCUGCGCCGCCGCCGGUGGAGAAGGAGGAGGAGGCCAAGCCGGAGGAGCCGGCAGCUACGGCAGCGGGAACGGCUGCUCCGGCGGCGGAGGCGGCUGGGGUCGAGGCGCCAGCGACAGCGGCUUCGGGCAGCGCCACCAGCAGCGGUGGCGGAGACACGGUGGUCCCAGCCACGCCUGAGGCGGCCUCUUCAGCCACACCUGAGCCUUCGCAGCCCGCAGCCACAGCCGCAGCAGCACCUGCAGCGCCUGCCGCCCCCGCUCCCGCGCCGGCGCCGGCGCCGGCGCCCAUGCGGCCGCCCUUCCUGCCCUUCCUGCCGCCGCACAUGCGCCCGCCCAUGCGGCCGGCCGCCCCGCCGCCACCCGGCGGCGCGCCGGCGGCGGGCGGCUUCGUGCCUGUGCAGGUGAUGGUGCAGACGACCAUGGGUCCGGCGGCGCCUCGCCCCUACAUGCCGUACGCGCCGCCGUCUCUUGCAGGGGCGCCCGCCGCCGCCGCCGCCGCCGCCGCCGCCGCCCCUGCGGCUGCUGCUGCUGCCGCUCCCGGCGGCGGGGCCUUCGCCGCCAUGGCCUCGAUCAACGGCGAGUUGCAGCCGCUGAUGCUGCGCCCCGUGACGGCGCUGCCGCCGGGAGCCGCGGCGCCGACCUCCGGCACGCCCUCGCCCACCGCGCCGGCAGGCGCCGCGACAGGGGCGACGUCGCCGACGGCGCCGGCAAGCGCCGCCGCACCCGCCGCGCCCGCCGCACUUGCCGUGACAGUCCCCGCGGUGUUGGCGGCCCGGUCGGGCGCGCCGUCGCCGGUCCCGGUUGUGACAGCCGCCGCACCCGUAACGGCCGCAGCCCCAGCGGCAGCCCCGAGCGCGGCGGCGCGACCCGCGCCCGCAGCAGUGACGCCGGUGGCAGCGCCGGUGGCAGCGGCUGCGGCGCCGGCGCCGGCGUCGGCGCCGGUGGCUGCGGGGCCGCGUGUGGUGACGGCGACGCCGGGUGUGCCGGUGGUGCAGCCGGGCAUGCUACCGCCGGGCGUCGUGCGCCCCGUGAUGGCGGCGGCGGCUGGCGUGCGGCCGUGGGCCGGGCCAGGCGGCCCGCAGCCCGUCGUGACGGGCGGCCGGGCGCCAGUGCCGGCAGUGCCCGCGGCGCCGGCCGUGCAUGUGGCGCCCGCCGCCGCCGGCACGGCGCCGCCUGCCAGGCCGGCCGCGGCCGCGGUGCGCCCUGUUCCCGGCGCACAGCCGCGGCCGGUCGCGCCCGCUGCCGCCGCCCCCGGCGCGGGACCGGCCGCGCGGCCGGCAGCCCCAUCCUUUGCCGCAGCCCUGGCGGCACGGCAGGGCGCGCAGCAGCGCGCGCCUGCGCCCGCCGCGCCCGCACCCGCACCUGCACCUGCACCCGCACCUGCACCUGCACCCGCACGGGCGCCGCCGCCCUUCCUGGGUGGCCAGCCCGCCUUCCCCACGCCGCUGGUGCCGGAGAACCCCAUGCCGCCGCCGUCCGCCGCCGCCCCGGCGCCGCCGCCGGCCCACCUGGCCUGCCCCAUGUGCAACAUCCGGCGCGGCUGCUACGUGCUGGUCACGUGCAACCACAUGGGCCCCUGCACCGAGUGCGCGCCCACGGUGGAGGAGGUGGUGCGCGUGUACGGCGCCUGCAACAAGUGCAGCAAGCCCGUGGACGCCAACAAGAUGAUCAAAUUCAAGGGUUGAGGAUCUGAGGAUCUGAGGAUUUGAGGAUCUGAGGAUGAGGAUUUAAGGAGCAGGCGGGACCACGCGGUGUCGGCAUGGUGUCGGCUAUGGUCUGUGGGAGUGACCUGGAGCUUCAGGCAGGCAUGGUAUUAUUGGCGGGCUGGUGGUGUAAGUGGGGCAUUGCGUUGGGGGGUUGCUGUGAGCAGCAACGGCGACUACCUGGUCAUAUGUGCGGAGCGUUAGGGCCAGUUGGCAGUUGGCACAGGUUGGCAGUUACGCUUUGUAUUAAGGGUAGAGUCGGCCAUGUUAGGUGCCGGAAUCCAUCUGGGCGUAGCACUAGCGGCCUGCGGCCGCUCAUGCGCCAUCUGAAAUCCGUAUAU